CGUGCGGGGCUGGGGCCGCUCGCGCCGCCGUUGUUGCCGCCGCCGCCGCCGCCGCGGGAGCCCGGGCGGGGAGCGGCUGCCCGGCCUCGCCAUGGCCACCAGCACCACGGGCUCCACGCUGCUGCAGCCCCUCAGCAACGCCGUGCGUCUGCCCGUCGACCAGGUCAACUUUGUAGUGUGCCAACUGUUUGCCUUGCUUGCGGCUAUUUGGUUUCGAACAUACCUUCAUUCAAGCAAAACUAGCCCAUUUAUAAGACAUGUUGUUGCAACCCUCUUGGGCCUUUAUCUUGCACUUUUUUGUUUUGGAUGGUAUGCCUUACAUUUUGUUAUACAAAGUGGAAUUUCCUACUAUAUCAUGAUCGUAAUAGGAGUGGAAAAUAUGCACAAGUAUUGCUUUGUUUUUGCUUUGGGAUACCUCACUGUGUGCCAAAUUACUAGAGUCUAUAUCUUUGACUAUGGACAGUAUUCUGCGGAUUUUUCUGGUCCAAUGAUGAUAAUUACACAGAAGAUCACUAGUUUGGCAUUUGAGAUUCAUGACGGAAUGUUUCGGAAAAAUGAAGACUUGACUCCAUCACAGAGGUGUUUGGCUGUAAGACGCAUGCCAAGUCUACUGGAGUAUUUAAGUUACAACUGUAAUUUCAUGGGUAUCCUGGCAGGCCCGUUAUGCUCUUACAAAGACUAUAUUACUUUCAUUGAAGGCAGAUCAUACCAACUGCAACAGUCUGAAGCAAAUGGGAAGGAAGAUACAAAAUAUGAACAAACGGAUCCUUCCCCAAAUCUAUCAGUUGUUGGUGCUCAAAGUGGUGUCAACUCUCAGAAAUUAAUAUCUGUCUUUAUAGCUGUGGCACAGAAACUCUUGAUCUGUGGACUGUCCCUAUUCUUCCACAUGACUAUUACAAAAACUUUGCCGGUGGAAUACAACAUUGAUGAUAACUUCAGAGCUACAGCAUCAUGGCCUGUAAGGUUUUUCUACCUAUAUGUGUCUCUUAUGGCUGCCAGACCCAAGUAUUAUUUUGCAUGGACUUUAGCAGAUGCAAUUAAUAAUGCAGCAGGGUUUGGUUUUAGAGGCUAUGAUAAAAAUGGAGUUACACGUUGGGAUCUAAUAUCAAAUCUGAGAAUCCAGCAAAUAGAGUUUUCCACAAGUUUCAAGAUGUUUCUUGAUAACUGGAAUAUCCAAACAGCUCUUUGGCUCAAAAGAGUGUGCUAUGAGCGAGCCACCUUCAGCCCAACGAUCCAAACCUUCAUCCUUUCUGCCAUCUGGCACGGGGUUUACCCAGGAUAUUAUUUAACGUUUUUAACAGGAGUACUAAUGACACUAGCAGCACGAGCUAUAAGAAACAAUAUCAGACACUAUUUUGUUGAAUCUCCUGCUGUUAAAGUGUGUUAUGAUAUUAUAACAUGGAUGGCAACUCAAAUAGCAAUAAGUUACACAGUCGUGCCAUUUGUACUGCUCUCUGUAAAACCCUCUUUCACCUUUUACAGCUCCUGCUAUUUCUGUCUUCAUAUUGCCAGCAUUCUGGUGUUGUUGGUAUUUCCGUUGAAAAGAACUCAAAAAGGAAGUAAAAAGCAUGAAACCAUCCAGCCUGUGUGGUCCAAAACACUAGAAGAAGAAAAUCUUUUGCAAAAGAACAGUUACUCCACAACAAAUAAUAGUUUCAGUCAGAAACAAGAAAUAACCUGCAGAUAUCAAACAUUAAAACAGUGAUUAAGGAAAUACUA